AUGAACCAGAGUGAGUUCAACAGCGUAGAGGCGGAACUCCGCGAGAUUGAAGAGGAAUUCGCGUCUGGUCAAAUGAAUGCAUUUGGUACAGCCACCACAAAAGAGAAUUUUGUUCGUGAACUCCGCAAGAUUGCCGAUAUUGAAACUCAAGUCUUCUAUAAAGCCUGUGGUCUUCUCAGUGCGAGUUCAGCAGAGGAUUAUCUCAUGCGGGCGAUGAUGUUCACAGCCGCUGAACCACCAGGAACCCCCGGCAGUAAUAGUAGUAAUAACAAUACAGCUGGGAAUAAUAAUAGUAAUAAUAACAAUAAUACGGCUGGGAAUACCAGUGAAGAUGGAAGUACAAACACCGGCGCCGCUCGAACCACAAAAGUUGAAAAUGGCAACAGUAUCAAUAAUAACAACAACGCCAACAAGAGUAUGAAUAGCAAUAAUAACAAUAAUAAUAAUAAU